AUGGUUGAUUGGGCCCCAUUGUACAAUGCCAACAAUGUCAAUGAAGCGGUUGACUAUCUGUUACACACGUUAAAUGAAAUGUUCAGUUUUCACGUGCCUGUCGCUCGUCCACAACAGAAACCUCCAUGGGCCAAUCGGAGAUUACGAGAAUUAAAAAGAGGACGUGCUAAAGCGCUUCGGCACUACUCUAACCAUCGCAACCCGUAUACGAGACGAGAAUUCGUAUUAGCCAGUAACCGCUACAGAAUCUACAAUCAACUGCUUUACACUUUACAUGUGCAGCGUACUCAACGAAGCCUGAAGCGGAAUCCCAAACGGUUCUGGUCGUUUAUGAAUGGAAAACGGAAAGAGCGAGGCCUCCCAUCGGUAAUGUCACAUGCGGCAGACACUGCGAGCUCUGUUGAUGAAAUCUGUUGCUUAUUUGCAAAUCAUUUCUCUAGUGUCUUUAAGACUGAAAAAGUUGCUGCACGAAGAAUCGACGAAGCUCUUCAAAAUGUUCCAGAGGAAAUACUCGACAAGCGGGAUAUUCGCUUCUACGAAACAGAUAUUGCAGCAGCAAUCAAGAAGCUUAAACCGUCAUUGCAACCGGGACCGGAUGAGAACAAUAUCCUUUCGGAUAGCAAAGCUUCAACUUCCUUCACUAAGAAUCGGAUGCUUCUCUUCUGUUGCAGCGUUGCGGAACCCUUGGAGACAAUCCCCACUGGUAGUGCCGCAGGUUCCGAAGGCUACCACUGCGACAUUUGUGGCAAACAGUUCCACAAAAAGGGACCAUUCGUAAGUCAUUACAAUCGACACAAGAGAACGCAGCCCCGUGAGUGCGACGUGUGCAACAAGGUCUGUUCCUCUUAUCAGACAAUGAUAAGACAUAAAAAAUCUCACACCGGUGGCGCCGGUGUGACCAACAAGGACAAGCCAGUGUACGUUUGCAGCGUCUGCAAUAAAGGAUUCCUUGUAAAGAACAACCUGAAAACUCACAUGAAAACUCACUCCGACGAGCAUCCGUUCAAGUGUGAUUUGUGCGACAAAACAUUAAGCUCCGUCCAUGCGCUCAACUAUCACAAAGCAACACACACCGAAGAAAAGAACUUUAAAUGUGAGAAAUGCAACAAAGCCUUUCCCUUUGCAAGUCAACUAACGAAGCACGGUAGAGCACACCUCGUGGGACGUCCGCACCGGUGCGAAAUCUGCGAAAAAGGAUUCAAAGACAAGUCUGCCCUUGCCAGGCACAUGCAACACCACAGUAGUGAGCGACUGUUUAAGUGCGACAUCUGUGGCUUGGCGUACAAGCAGUCGAGCGCCCUGUCCGUUCACAGACAAAUCCACCUGUACGUUGAUCCGAGACCGUUCAAGUGUGCCCUAUGCAGUGCGCAGUACAAUCGCAAGUGUAGCCUACGGCAGCACAUGAAAAGGACGCACUCGGUGGUGACCGCGGGGCAAACGCUGUUCGAGUGCUUGCACUGCGGAAAGAACUAUUCCAAUAAGAAAAACCUGGAAGCACACCAAAACAGUGUGCAAGGCCUGCGGCCGCACCAGUGUACGGUGUGCGGAAAAGGGUUCUCCUUCAAAAGCAGCCUGUGGGAACAUGUACAAAUACAUGCCACCGGAAGGCGCUUUCCGUGUGAGAAUUUGUCACUUCGAUUCAUCACCUCGAACGGUCCUUCGUAUGGUGACGAUAGUGACGGUCGAACCGAAUCGUUGCGUACGAAGACGUUCUUGCAAGAGUGCAGCAUCGCGGAUGGUAGGGGUGCCGGCGACAAACGGAAGCAACCUGACACGACGGCAGGCCCGCACAAAUGCCCGAUUUGUGGAAACGGAUUCCGAUUGAAAUCGUUGCUGAUGAAACACAUGCGUCAGCACAGCGAUGAGCGGCUCUUUCGGUGCGACAUCUGCGACCUAUCGUACAAGACCGCGGGUGAUCGGAACACUCACAGAAAAGUCCACGCCUACCUCGAGCCGAAACCUUUCAAGUGUGACAUAUGCGGCGCACAGUAUGUCCAGAAGAGAAGCCUCAAUUUUCAUCGGAAAACACACGGAACCGACCAUCCGCAUAAGUGUCACAUUUGCGGGGAAAGUUUUGUACUUCCUUACUUGUUGGCGAACCAUAGGCGUGUUGCUCAUAGCGAUGAGCUAUCACUGAAAAGCGAACAUAUUUGCGAUGUUUGCAACAAAGGAUUUGCUAGACGAACUUCUCUGGUGAAUCACAAAAGAUUACACACGGGUGAGCGGCCAUUUAAAUGUGACAUUUGUAGCGAAUCAUUUGGGAGAAGUUCCAGGCUCAAUUAUCAUAAAAUUGUAAGCCAUACAGGGGCAAAGGACUUCAAAUGCGAAUUUUGCGGUAAAGACUUUCACCUGCGAGCACAGCUCACGAAUCAUCGAAAAAUCCACAGCACGGACCGUCCCCAGCAGUGUCAAAUUUGCGGUGAAAGCUUCCUCUAUCCCUACGUACUGGCGAAGCAUAUGCGGAGUCACAGCGACGAGCGAUUGUUCAAGUGUGACAUCUGCGGCUCAGCGUACAAGACAACCGAUACGUUGCACGUUCACCGGCGGACUCACUCCAAAGAUGCAUCAAACAACAGCGAACACGUGUGCGAGGUUUGCGACCAAAGAUUCACUAGAAAAGAUUCCCUAGCGUGUCACAGAAGAAUUCACACUGGCGAGCGUCCGUUCAGGUGUGAUCUUUGUAGCCAAACUUUCAGCAGACGCGAAAGUUUCACCAAUCAUAAAUUGACGAUUCACAUCCGGGGGAAGGAAUUCAAAUGUGAAAUAUGUGGUAAAGAAUACCACACAAAAAAACAACUGACCAAUCAUCUGAGAGUCCACAGCUCGGAUCGCGUGUACGAGUGCCAAACGUGCGGAAAAACCUUCACCUACCAGUACAAGCUCGAAACGCAUGUGCGCAGUCACAGCGAUGAACGACUGUUCGCGUGCGACAUCUGCGGUUCAUCGUACAAGUCAUCUACCGGGCUGAACCUUCACAAGCAACUGCACGUAUCCGGUAAAAAAGCUUUCCAAUGUACCAUCUGUGACGCAUCAUACGCUUCACGCAGUGGUCUACUUACGCACAGGAGAAUUCACGAAUCGGCCGAGCCUUACCGGUGUGACGUUUGUGGCCGAGAGUACAAGUCACGCAUGGGCUAUUACAUGCACAAGAAAAUUCACAAAAUUAUCGAACUGGAUUGUUGA